CACGCGUUGAAUUAAUCUUUUUUUUCGAAACCUGGUGGACAAGUAGUGAAGAUGGCUGACGUGGAGAAAGGCGUGUCCAAGGCCGCCAGCGAUAUUGGAGAUGAGACCUCGUCCAUCUCCAUCCAGAUCGGUCAGGACCACCUGGCCGAUGUUGUCCCCCCACACGAGUCGUACGAGGGAUACCAUCGCUUCGACCCGACAGCCACCUGGACGGCCGAGGAGGAGAGGGCGGUGGUGUUCAAGACGGACAUACUCCUGCUCUCUUGGAUCUGUUUCAUGUUCUUCGGACUCCAGCUCGAUCGGGGCAAUCUCUCAAAUGCCCUGACAGACGACUUUCUGGCCGAUCUAAACAUGACGAGCGACGACUACAACGAUGGCAGUUCUAUCCAGUUGGUGUGUUUUCUGACUGCCGAAUUCCCUGUCCAGAUGGUCAUCAAGCGCCUGGGAUUCCGCCGUGUGCUGCCUGUCAUGGUCAUGUUGUGGAGUAUCGUUUCAUUCGCGCAGGCGUGGAUGACAGGGCGGGCCUCGUUCUUUGUGACGCGUGCUCUGAUCGGGGCCCUGGAAGGAGGCUUCAUCCCCGGUACGAUCCUCUUCGCCACGUACUUCUACAAAAGCAAGGAGCUGGCCAUCCGACUGUCCCUGUUUUGGGCGACAUUGAACGUGGCACGAAUCGUCUCGUCCCUGUUGGCGGCUGGGAUCCUGGAAAUGCGAGGUACUGGCGGCAAACCAGGCUGGUUCUGGCUGUUCCUCAUCGACGGCCUGCUCACGUUUGUCAUUGGAGCAAUUAGCUUCUUAUAUCUGCCUUCGUCACCGACCAACACCACCAGCGUCCUGGUGCGCAAGCCGUGGUACACACCUCGCCAGGAGACGAUCAUGAUCAACCGGCUACUGCGCGACGACCCAUCCAAGGGUUUGACGCACAUCCACGAGGCUGCCACUUUCCGUGACGUGCUGAAUACCUGGAGCGACUCCUCCAUGUGGGGGUUAUACUUUAUCGGGCUGAUCGCGUACAUCCCGCAGUCGCCCGUCUCGUCGUACCUGUCGCUGACGCUGAAACGCCUCGGCUUCGACACCUUCCAAGCCAACAUGCUGAGCAUCCCGUAUGCCGCGCUACAGAUCAUCUGCAUGCUGCUGCUCUCCAAGAGCAGCGACUACUUCGGCGAGCGCACCUGGCACUGCUUCUUCGGCGAGUUCUGGUCCCUGCCGUUGCUGGCCGCGUUGCUCUCCUUGCCCAACGGCGGCGACGACUGGGGACGCUUCACCAUCUCCACGAUGAUCGCCGGGUACCCGUACUUCCACCCGAUCGUCUCAGCCUGGAUCUCGGAAAACACCUUCGACGUGAAAAAACGAGCCAUCACGGCCGCGACGUACAACGUGAUCGUGCAGAUCGGGUCGGUAAUCUCUUCGCAAAUCUAUCGAACCGAUGACGAACCAUACUACCACCGGGGGAACAAAGUGCUCAUCUCCAUCUGCUGUCUGUCGCUGGCUGUGUUCGUGCUACAGCGUCAGUACCUGCGAUAUCUGAAUCGGCAGAAGGAGAGGAAGUGGAACGCCAUGUCGCAUGAGGAGCAACUCGAAUAUCAGGCCGACAGGGAGGCACGAGAAAAGGAGGGCAACAAACGCCUGGACUUCCGAUUCAAGUACUGACGAUGCAUUGUAAUGAAAUUUAUAGACUAUCUUCGCUCUAGCUCCUUCCCUAGAUAUAAAACGGGCUCUAUUAGAAUUGAAUAGACGAUUAUGAUUCUUCUGGC